UGGGAGGUGAUAGCUUUAAGCAACCAAGCUGUGCGCAUGCGCAGAGGUUGGUGUUGUAACGUCAGCUGUCUUGGUGGUAGUACAGAUGUUUUUCCACAUCGGACAGUGGGAAACGCUUUGGAAGCAGAGUCAACGUAAAUGUUUACAUUUUUCCCAAGCGUGGACGAUGGUGUUGGAAGUGUAACUACAUUAUAGAAAGUUGUCAGACAUUUUGAUGCUGCAAUGCUAGUAGAAGUGGGUGCUAGUUUGCAGCCAGUCGCUUCAUCGUUUGGCUGCCACAUUGUCACGUUCAGGUAGUUCAGCUCCCCUGUACAUCAGAGACUGAAAACUCAUCAGCACUGAGCCGUGGGGCGGUGAGGCCUCUGUCGGUGCCGCAGUAUGGGAGCUCUCUUUGCUAAGUUAUGGAGAUUGUUUAACCACCAAGAACACAAGGUGAUCAUUGUUGGACUUGAUAAUGCUGGGAAGACGACAAUCCUGUACCAGUUUUCAAUGAAUGAAGUUGUGCACACAUCUCCAACAAUUGGCAGCAAUGUCGAAGAGGUGGUGGUAGAUAACACACACUUUCUUAUGUGGGAUAUUGGCGGGCAAGAAUCUCUACGGUCAUCUUGGAACACAUAUUACACUAAUACAGAGUUUGUAAUAGUAGUGGUGGACAGCAUGGACAGAGAGCGAAUAUCUGUAACAAGAGAAGAGUUAUGUAAAAUGUUGGCACAUGAGGACUUAAAGAAAGCAGGACUGUUGAUUUUUGCAAACAAGCAGGAUGUCAAAGGUUGCAUGACUGUAUCUGAAAUUUCCCAGUACCUGAAGCUAACCUCCAUAAAAGAUCAUCAGUGGCAUAUUCAGGCAUGCUGUGCCCUCACCGGAGAAGGAUUGUGUCAGGGGAUUGAAUGGAUGACAUCAAGACUGCGAGUUAGGUGACAUAGUAUCGAAUGAACAUUUUGCACAGACUCAUGUACUGGAGCCUCCUGGGCUUUCAGCAUCAAAGUAACAGAACUUGUGGAAUAAGUGAUAUUUAUUAAACUGGAUGAACAUUGCUUCUGUAGGAAGAACAUCAGGAUUUGUAUCUCUUUUUAUGAUUAGGAUAUAAAGCAUGGCAUUUUGACCAUGGAUGGUUUCUACUUCAGAGCUGAAUUGAUUCAAGAGCUGUGAUUUAUUGUGUUUUAUGUCCGUGUAUAAGUAAUUGCUGAGUAUUGAGAAAAGGGAAGGAUGACUGUGGAGUUUUACCGCACCUUUACUGACAUUUUCCUUGAUUCAUCCUUUAUCUUACAGCACAUCUUUUCCAGUUUCUUAAAUGGUUGAUGUCCCAGCCUAAUCUGUGCCUAAGCUGAACAGCUUCAUUAAACUAAGUCACACUUCAGCAUCUCGAAGAACUAACCUACUGUUUGGACGUGUGUACAUCUGUGUAGUACUCAGCUGUCAUUUUUUGUUUGUGAAGUAAUUGUUUUUGUGUCUUUUAUGCUUGUUGGAAAAUAAUUCUACCUAGCAACCUCUUUACAAUUCAUGGAACAGUUGCUUACUGGAGUUUUGCCUGUUUUAUUCCUCUGUAUGUGUUCUCAGUAUUGAACCAUUGCUGGCCAUUUCUUCACUAGUACUAUAAGAAUUCUGGGCAUAUUUCUCAGAUUUGGCUGUAAACAUGCACCGCUCUUCAAAGCAGAUGUGUUUUGUUUCAGCAGUUGAGCACAGUAGCAUUCUCUUUGCAGUGGAAGGAAUAAAAUACCCUUCUACUUUUUUUGUGCAAAAGUAAUGAUUUUUCUUAUUGUAGUUAGUAGUGCUGCAUAAAAAAAAUCUGAUCAGUACAUAGAAAAGCUCAUCAGAAAAUAGAACAAGGGAUUAGUUUAAAGCUACUGAAAGUAGUUUGCUUAGUUUUUGACCCAAAAUGCUGUUAUGCUUGGCUAUCAGCUUUCUUUUUAAUGUGCACUGUGUUGUCAGCUUUAAGGUUAAAUCACAGUAGACAAGGCCAACAGCUGUCUUUGUGGCUUACCUCCAGUUCUGACUUGCACUUCUUCUCUUACAAUUGUUAACAGAUGUUGGCAUUUUCAAACUAGAGGUGGCUGUUGAACUGCUUUCUUUUGGCUCAAGGCAUGCUUCACAUUUGUCCGUAUCAGUCUGAACAUUGUUCACUGUACCAUGUAAAAUACAAUUUUUGUCGAGAAGGAAUGAGAAGGGUGUGGUAUCAGAACUAAAGUUUGGAGUAAUUCAUUUUCUGCUUCACAGCUCAGAUUGUGUUUUAUUCAUACAAAUUCCUCAUCUUCAGUAUUUAUGUUGCUUAGAAAUGUGUGAUAAAAGUAUGUCAUCUCCAGGAUUCAGGAGUUUCCAGGUAGUGCUGUAAUGUUAUGUGGUAUGAAAGCAUUUGGAUAAAUCUCAAGUUUCUACAUUCUUAACCUUCCAAAGAGUCCUCCCUGCUGUCCACUGUUGGAAUGAAGAUUAUCUGAUAUGUUUGAUAGCUUUUAUGAGGUAGGUGUAGGUAGCACCGUGGGUAACAUUGUCUGUUCAUAGCAAGACAGUUCAGUUCUUGUCUGAGUUCUCUUCAGAGCAGAGCCUGUAUGUCGUCCUUGUGUUCACAUAGGCUUUUUCAGUGUACGUCAGUACUUAUCCCGUCACAAAGAUGUGGUACAUGGGUUGGCAACUCUUAGAUGCGUAUGUGAGAUGUGGAAGAAAGCCCUGACAAUCUGUUUCUAUUUCCUAUUUGCCUAGCAAACUUUGUGGAUGGUGAUGGUUGCUAUUGGAGGAUGGAUGGAUGGGUGAGAUGGAAACUGAGGCAACAAGCUAUUAAUUGUACUCUUCUGUGAGAAUUUGUCUUAAUUCUGCAUUCUAGAUACAUUAACCCAGAUGCUAGUCUACUGCUGUGCUUUAAUCUUUAAGUGGUUUCCAUAGUUGCAAGAAUAUGUUGGUGCUGUGAUUUUCAAAGCAUAUGUAUGUUGCUGAAAUGCCAACGAAAUGCCUGGAAUUACUGCAACAUUGAGAUAUUCAAACAGUAUUUUGAACCAGUGCGUUAAUACUCUAAGAACUGUGCUGUCUUAUUUACAGUACAGAAAGGCAGUAUCCCUUAAGGGCUGUAAACUUUGUAAAGUAUCUGCUGUGUAAGUACCAGUAUAUCCUCAAGUAAGCUAUUUUUUAACUGUAAAACUUUUUUUAACUGGUUGCUUUGGUUUUAUUGCAGGGUCAUACCCAGGCUAUAUUGUUCCAUCUUUAGCCGAUAAGCUGUACAGGAAUCUUUAAGUACUUGAACAAGUUGCUGUUGUUUUUUUGGUCUUAAUCAUGAUGCUGAGUUCUAAAUGCUCUUAACUUGCAGCACUCAAGAUAUUGUAAAUAUUUGUACAGUUGUAACGUUUUCAGUUACAAGAUGUAAUUAUCUCACUAAUAAAAAUGGCACCUUUGUGCAUGCUGCUCUUAUAAACAA